AUGGAGGGAGUGGAGGCACACGACGACUACUUCAAUCUGAGAAGGGAUUGCUGUGGCCAACUCUCUUUCUCGGCCAAGCAGAAGUUCACGGCUGCUCUGAGGAUGCUUGCACUUGGUACUGCUGCAGACGCCGUUGGUGAGAUGGUCAUGAUGGGGGAGAGCACAUGCCUCAAGACUACUGUCAAAUUUGCUCGCGCGGUGGUUGAGGUGUUUGGACCGGAGUAUCUCAGAGAACGAAAUGCGCAGGACACGGAGAAGUUGUUGGCUAUUGGAGAGGCAAGGGGUUUUCAGGAAUGCUCGGAUCAAUUGAUUGCACGCAUUGGCAAUGGAAAAACUGCCCCAAAGGUCUAUGGGGAAUGUAUCAAGGUCACACCAGAGAGGCCACCAUCAUACUAG